GCUCCCCCCGCUUCCCCUUGAAAAUAAGCAUAAAAGCGUGUCAUCUUGGCAAAUCUUGUUAUAGACAAUGGACACUGCUUAAUGACAAUUUCAUGAAAUUUAAAAAAUACUUAUCAGUCCACUUCUCAUUCAUUUGACGUGUUCCUCGCUCUCUUUCCUCUCAUCUAACCCUCCCCUCUCCCUCUCUCCCCAGGUGCUGGCCUCGAUACCCUACGAGUGGUCUCGAACCCAGCUCGUGUCAUUCUCAGCCCUCCGUUUCCUGCUGAUCCCUCCCCUGGUUCUCUGCGCCGCGCCCCGCUCCUCUCCUCUCCUCUCGUGGGAGGGGUGGCCCAUGCUGUUCAGUCUGCUGCUGGGUCUGAGCAAUGGACUGGUGGGAAGUCUGCCUAUGAUCCUGGCGCCCAACAAGGUGGCCGAUCAGAACCGGGAGCUAUGUGGUAACGUGAUGACCAUCAGCUACUCACUGGGCCUUACAACGGGCUCCCUGCUGGCCUACGGGCUGGACGCCCUGCUCGGUCCACCCGUCUACAGCACCUGCGGCACCCUCAACAUCACAGACCUGUGUCUCACAGACGGGUGUGAGCCGCUGCUGCUAGCAGGAAAUGGAACACGGCUGCUCGGAUAGGCUGGUAGACGAAGGCGGAUAAGAUUGCUGGGAUGAGAUAGGGUAGCUCGGAUAAGCUGGGAGAUGAAGGCGGAUAACAUGGGAUGAGAGAGCGUUGGGGUCGGAAUGGUUGAAAUGUGUUGAGAGAUAGGAUGAGCGGGAUAGGAGGGACUGAUAGGAGGGAUAGGGUAGGAUGAGUUGGGAAUGGGAUGAGAGGACAGAGAGAUCGACUGCUUUCAUAAGCAAAAGGCUUCUGGGAUGAUACGAAGACGGAAUGUAUUGUUUGAAUUAGCCAAGGGAUGGGUUAAUGACUGCCCCAAGAAUGAGGGAAAUGAGCUGGCUUGAGUUGAGUUAGUGAACCGGAUUGCUCGACGGGGAAGGACUUAGGGAUGUUUAAUUAUCGGGCUUAGAUAGGCCAUUUGAUUGCCAGCAUCAGCUGCGUGGCUAGGCUGAUCUUCUGGGCUGACAAGGAAAUAUUUUUUAUAUUUGUUGAUAACGUAUUUUAUGUUUUUAUGGUUGACAUCUUGGUUGUGUUUUGAACAUAUCAAGGAGGAUAGUGCGUAGUUGAGUAAGUUCAAUGGCUUAACGUCGUGAUGCAGCUCUCUCGGAAAGUACCUAAGUAGGUAGGUAUAGCCUAAAGAGUCGGUUUCAUGGUCUCAGCGCCUAUAAAUGCGCAGUGAUAAAAACAGCGUGGUAAGGUUGGUAACGCAAGGAAGCAUAUCGCUGUUAAUAAUUCAAGGCUAGACAAAGACGGAACUUUAUUUAAAGUCAGUGAUAUGCGUGUGAUGUGCGGUCUACUGAGGCGUGUAGUAGAUAUUCGGUAACAGUAAUGUUUCUUCAGAUGUUUCUUCUCUUUGCCGAAUGCAGUCAGCUUUUAAUUUAUUCUUGUCGCACUGCCUGUUGAUUGGUUUGUUCACGUGCCCUGGCACGUGGGACGAAUUAUUUCGUAUCCUGUCCUCGGCAAAACGAUGCAGUCGUGAGGUUCAUUGAUUCAUGAGCCAAAAUGGAAGCAUCUCUGUCCGUUAGGGACCAAUUAGCCGAAAAUAAAUCUCUUAUAUAACAGACAAGCUAACCCAUUCAAUGAAUUUUAUGAAGCCAGGGUGUGUGCUUGUGGAUGUCUCUGUCAUUUGCUUUGUCCGAAUACUACUCUGAGUUGGAUAAUGUAUACAUAGGUAUCUGUUCUUUCUGAUUCACCUUAAACCAGGCGAGUAUUGUAUUGUCGAGGUCAGUAUGUCAUUAGUAACAGCUAGCUAAGACUAGGAUAUUUUGAGUCAUGUAGUGGAGUGUGUUUUACAAACGAAGCGUACCAAUUCUGAGUUUAUUAUUGCUGAUAUCCUAUAACCGAUAAGCUGGCUAUUAUUUAGGUAUAAAUUUGGCACAGCAACUCAUUGGGACCACAUAUAUGAUAUUAGCGGUAGUACGAUGUGUGUGAUUACGUGGUAAAUGGUGUGCUACUGAAAUAAAUGGCGUGUAAGCAUC